GCUCAGAACCAAGUACUGAAAAAAGGCGUUGUAGACGAGCAAGCAAACUCUGCUUCUCUGAAGGAGCAACUGAAGAUGAAGGAUCAAUCACUGAGAAAACUGCAACAAGAAAUGGACAGCUUGACCUUUCGAAAUCAGCAACUUGCCAAGCGGGUGGAGUUACUUCAAGAUGAGCUUGCAUUAAGUGAAGCUAGGGGCAAGAAGAAUAAGAAAAGUGCAGAAUCCUCAUCUCAGUUGAGUCAAGAGCAGAAAAGUGUCUUCAAUGAAGAUCUUCAGAAGAAGAUAGAAGAGAAUGAACGACUACAUAUACUCUUCUUUGAAGCAGAUGAGCAGCACAAACGUUUAGAAGCGGAGCUGAGAACUAGACUUGAGGUUUUGGAAACUGAUGCUGCCCAGCAUCAAGCUGUGGUGGAUGGUUUAACAAGGAAAUACACAGAUACCAUAGAAAAGCUGCAGAAUGAUAAAGCCAAAUUAGAAAUCAAGUCUCAGACACUAGAAAGAGAAGCUAAGGACUGUAGGCUUCGAACCGAAGAAUGCCAGCAACAGUUAAAGAAUCUUCAAGCAGCUUUGGGCAGUAGACUGGAAGAAUCCUUAUGCAUAAUCAGUGAAAAAGUACCUUUUAAUGACACAAGAUCUAAUCAAUACAAUGCUCUGAAUGUACCGUUGCACAACAGAAGAUAUCAGCUGAAGUUGCGAGACCUUGCUGGCCAGGCGCUGGCUUUUGUUCAAGAACUUGUAACAGCUCUUUUGAACUUCCAUACAUACACUGAGCAGAAGGUACAGAUCUUUCCCAUUGAUUCUGCAACAGACACUAUAUCACCGUUAAAUGAGAAGUUCUCACAGUAUCUUCAUGAAAAUGCUUUGUAUGUUCGCCCUCUGGAGGAAGGAAUGCUUCACUUGUUUGAGAGUAUUACAGAAGAUACUGUGACAGUCCUGGAAACAGCUGUGAAAUUGAAGACCUUCUCAGAACAUUUAGCUUCAUACUUAUGCUUUUUAAGAAAGAUUCUUCCUUACCAGUUAAAAAG